AUGCGACAAAGAAAUUAUUUAGAUUGUUCUACGGCAAAUAUAUGUGGAUCGUAUGGUUAUUGUUAUGAAGCAGAUGAUGAAUUACUAUGUGAAUGUAAAUUUUGGUGGGAUGGACAAUAUUGUAAUCAUCAAUCCAGUAAUGGAAAACAAGUUAUUACACUUGGUUGUUUGACUGCUGCUUUAAUUUUGGCAUUCUAUGGAUUGAAUGUUGGCCGAAAAAUCUAUCUUAAAAGAAAAGCACCAAAACAAGAAAAAAAAAAGAACGAAUAUGACGAUCCUAAACUUCUAAAUCAUGCAUUCACACAUGUAAAAAAAUCAUUUCCAUUAUCAUCCAUUAUCAUCCUUGUUCUGUUGAUGAUUCUUGCUGCUGUCGCUCUUGUUGUUAAAUGGGCACUUCUGAGACCAAUUCAUAAUGAUAUAGUUAAUAAAUUCAAAGCAGAGCAGCCCAUUUAUUAUAGCAGACCAUCUUUUUGUGAUGCAUUCGAGAAUGAUGGUUUUAAUAUUGUAACACUUGCUGUUGCUGGAGCUCUUGUUCUUGUAUGUAUCAUAGUAACUGAACGUAUAUCAUGUAUGACAAAUAAAUGUUAUGGUCGUGGAGCACCACCAAUGCCUCUUGAUUUUUUUGCACAUACGGAUCGAAAAUUUGCUGCUGUUGUAUUUGCCGUUAUUUCUAAUGAAUUAUUAGAGAUAGCAGCUGAACUUGGUGGAUCAACCGAUAAAGGUUUAGGUAUCCUUGUUAAAUUUCUUUUGCGUGUAUUAAAAGUGAUAACUAUGGGUUUUCGAUUUUAUCCUAUAUUGGCUUGUAUUCAUAUUAAUACGAUGGUGACAUUAAUAUUGGCAUCACUAUAUGCAUGGCUUGAUUUUUCACUAAGUGUUAUUGUUACUGGAACGUGUAAUCCAACUUAUUAUCCAGAUUAUGAAGAAUAUAUCAGUAAUGCAAGUAGUAUAGAAUUCAAUUUUCAAUAUUUUGGUACUGGUUCAGGAUUACUUGUAGUGGAAUUAGUUACGGAUAUUCCAAUGUAUUUAUGUUUAGCUUAUAUAAGCAUUAAAUUACCCAUGCUAGUGAUAGGAAAAAUACUUAAACUUCGAAAAAGAAAUAUAUCAGUUGAAAAACAAAUGGCAAGAUUACUAACACGAGACGAAAAUAAUUUGAUAAAAAUAACAACUACAGAUUCUGUUCAAAUGCGAUAUGUACGUAAUAUAUUUCUUCCUGAUGAUCAAAGACCACGAAGUAAAUCAAUAUAUGCUCGUAUAAUUCCACGAUUUCUUUAUGAAUGGAGAGAUGAUUUUCAAUAUUCACCUCGUGUUUUAUGUGUUUAUUCAUCAAUAUUUCUUCUACUUUACUUUAUCACUAUUCAAGCUGUUGUUAAAGUUAUUCCUAUAAUAUAUUCUCUUCAAGACACUAUACAACAAUCUGUCGAUUUAUUAAUUCAAUCCAUAUCCACUUUAAAAGAUCAAGCUGGUCAAGACAGCGCAGAUCCAGUUAAAUCAACUUGGCCAAUACCCAAUGUAGUUGCAAUAUAUAGCAUUAAUAUACGUCGAAAUUUAUUACAAGCAUAUCGUGGUGAUGAUACAGAAAUACCCCGACGAACUCGGAAAGAUUAUGUGUCUUAUGCUACAGGAAGUUUUCAUUUUGCUGGAUACUUUAUUGGUUAUUUUAUAUCAGGCUUUAUUCUUAUAGCCAUCUUUUCAACUGUAAUUUGUGCUCUUCUCGGUUCAUUCAUUCAAUAUGGUAGUGCCAAAGCAUUGGAAAAUUUAUUAAAAGCUAUUAUACCAAGUAUUUUACUGGUUCUUUUCAAAAUGUAUCUCAAUAAAGUACUUACACAAUUUGUUUUCCUACAACAUUAUGGUGAUGUUUUAGCAUUAAAUAAUCGUCGUUUUUAUAUGAUAUUUCUUUAUUUUAACUUCUUUUUGGAUGCUUUUCUUGGUUUUGUUUCAUCCAUUGUACGUUUAAUCAAAAGUCUUAUCGGUGGAAUUUUAUAUAUGUGUCGAUUAGAUUAUUCAGCAAUGGGCCGAAAACUGGAAACACUCGAUAGUGGUUUUGCUGCCUAUUGUGGUUUUAUUCAUACAGAAUGUACUCAUCGACAUCCAAUUAUGUUAGUAUUUGUUUCAUAUUUAUUCAAUGCACUUAAGACGAAAGAAUAUAUAAGAGAUGAAGAGAGUGUCACUGGUACACCAUUAGAUGAAAAAUCUGCUAUAAGAAAGAAGAAAUCAAUACGAUAUAUUCGAAAAUGGAGAUUGGCUGCUUUUCUUGUUCGAAAUCCAUCCAUUGUUUUUCUUAGAAAAUCAUUUCUUAAACAAUUAACUUUUGAUGAAGUUCGAGCAUUAAAUGAUCUUGAUAAUAAUAAUCGUAUUGAUACUCAACGAACAAUAGCAUUUUAUACACAUCAGAUGGCUGCAAAACGAGCAAGUUUCGCUCCAACCUCUCGAUCAUCAGUUACAAUUGAAAGAUUUUAA